UUUUGAGGUUAUGUUUUCCAUUGUACUUUUAUUCGAAGGCUGUUUUGUUUAUUUUUAUUUUACUUUUAGAACCGUUAUUGUCAAUUAAACUUUUGUUGAACCAUAAAAUGAUUAUUUUUCUACAUAACAAUGGAAUGAGAAAAUAUCGCUUGUUUUCAAAAAUUAGUUAUUCACAUACCGGUAGUAGGCCUAAUCAUAUUGUGAUAAGUACUAAACCUAAUGCUUACAGUUUGCAAAAGUUAAGCAAAUUUAAAUUACAUAACAAAGAGAAGGAUGAGACUGUUAAAAAUAAAAUUGUUUAUAACUCAGUUAUAAAGACAAACAAUACAUUUUACGGCAACAGGAAACAACAAAUUGAAGAAGAUGAAAACCUAACCAAUUAUAAACUAAACGGUGCUCCAGUCUUGGCGCUGAAGUAUUUUACAAAAGACUACAUAAGCACAACUCUUGCUAACAAUGAAACUUUCCCUUCCAGACAAAAAGAUUCUCUUUCGGAAAGAGAAAUAAACCAAGAAAUUAACUUUCCUUAUAAAAAACAUGAUCAUGUGGAAAUAGACUCUAAUUAUGCCAGUACCAAUGAUGACAUUGAUAAGGAUGACUUUGACAGUGAUACAUGUUCAUCAUUUAAUGAAAUCAAAGAUAUCUCAUGUAGCAGACAUAAGAAGACUUGGAUGCAUGAUUACAACAAAUUUGCAGAAGUGUCAGUUAGGCAGGAAGAUGAGGAAGAAACUGACGAUGAAGAUGAAAGAACAGAUAUAAACUACGGCUCUGCUGACCCCAGCAUUCCUACCAGCUCCGUUCCUUGUGGGGGUUGCGGUGCUCAUUUACAUUGUAAGGAUCCAGCCAUCCCAGGUUACCUGCCUAAGGAGAUAUUCACUGGAUUGAAGCCACAGCAGUUACGAGCAGUUGUGUGUCAAAGGUGUCACUUCCUUCAACAGUACAACACAGCGUUGUCAGUUACUGUAGACCCAGACACAUACCCGAAACUGCUGUCCAAGAUCAAGGGAGAGAAAGCAAUGGUUAUUUUGGUGGUUGACAUGACAGACUUCCCCUGCAGUAUUUGGCCUGGAAUACUUGACAUAGUUGGUCGCAGGCGUCCCUUGGUAGUGGUGGGUAACAAGGUAGAUCUGCUGCAAGAUUGGUCCAGAGGCAUGCUACAGAAGGCCAAGCAAGCUCUACUCGCCCAGCUGCCUCCCAAGGCCAACAUUCUACACACGGCCCUCGUCAGUGCCAAGACAGGCUUCGGCAUAGAGGACCUCGUCACUGCACUCUACAACAUCUGGCAGUAUAGAGGAGAUGUGUACCUGGUCGGAUGUACCAACGUAGGCAAGUCAAUGUUGUUCAACGCCUUGCUUCAGUCUGACUACUGCAGAACCAGAGCCGUAGACUUGAUACAGAGAGCUACCACUGCUCCGUGGCCAGGCACAACUCUCAACCUGCUAAAGUUUCCAAUCACUCGGCCCGAGGGACAUCGUUUGGCGAUGCGUUCUCUGCGGCUAAAACAACAAAAUAUGAAUGACCUACAGCAAAUACAACAAGGAGGUCAUCACGAGGUUACCCCACAAAUGAUCUCUCAAAUCAAUCGGACCUUUUCACAUGGCAAUAUUGAGUCUAACUCAGAUGAAUACAGCGACGACCUCUUCGCCAUGCCCAAGUUGGAAGUUCUCCGUAAGAUAAGAGAACCAGGAUCUGGACUUGAUCCUUCAGACCCAAUGUUGGCAAAGAGCAAAUGGCUGUAUGAUACUCCAGGAGUGAUUACUUCAGACCAGAUUAUUAACCUGCUGACCACUGAAGAGCUGAUGUUAACUUUGCCUCGGCAACCACUGAUUCCUCGCACUUUCACAGUGUGGGCAGGGCAGAGUCUGAUGGUAGGAGGAUUGGGACGACUCGACUACCUGUCCGGGAAUACCAACAUCAAGAUGACCGUGCUAGCAGCAGACACACUGCCUGUGACUAUCUGCUUCACACAGGAUGCUGCGGAGGUGUACAGUCACUACCUCGGCUCCGCAGCACUGGCAGUACCUUGUGGGAGUCCUGAGAGGCUGCGGCUGUGGCCCGGACUGAAGUCCAAAGAAGAGUUCGCCCUGAAAGGCACUGGUUGGAACGAGAGUUGUGGUGAUGUCGUUUUGUCUUCAGCUGGCUGGGUGGCACUGACGGCAGCUAAGGACAAUCUUGUCAGAUUGCAGCCAUGGACGCCUGAAGGUCGAGGAGCUUAUGUAAGGAUUCCCCCCGUACUGCCCAGAGCCGUUUGUGUCAAGGGGCAACGCAUGUUCAAAUCCCCAGCUUAUGCUCUUUUUAACGACAGCAUCAAACUUAGAAAUAACUAAAUCUGUAAAUAGGAUUACUAUGUACAAGGAUAGGGAUCAGCUAGCUUACCUGGUAGAGUCCAGAUUAGCUUUGGUAACAUACACAAAACAGUACA